CACGGAGCGGAGGUGACGCGGCAGUUCGCAGGUCGCUCAGCUGAUGAAGGUAAAGCUGCUGCUGCUGCACUGUGUUUAACAGCUACUACAACACUGGAACAAAUAGGCUGCUGGUUGGGGCAUUUGCACACGGCUGUGAAUGGUAGUGUCUAGAAAGGGUAUGUCCCUUCAGGAGAGAGGUGCCAAUGUCCAACCGGCCUAAUUCCAAUCCAGGGGGGUCACUGCGCCGUUCACAGAGGAACACAGCCGCGGCCCAGCCAAUAGACCACACACUUGCAGGAAGGUUGCAGCCAGAGCAAGUAAACCAAAAAGCAAAUUUCCCACCUGAAAAUAGAAGAUCUAAUUCUAAGGCUUCCAAAACCCCGCCCAGCUUUGCCAUCGGCUCCGCCCGCGGCCACGCCUCUCGAAGGAACAGCCUCUCUUUAUCCGUGGGUUCACACUCUAUUCCAGAUCCAGAGUUGGAAGCAGCAGGGACUUCUGGCCAGCAGGGGAGACAGGAGGGCAGCAGCACCCGUGCUCUCAAACGCAGCUCAGCUUCAGAGCCCAACAUCACCUUUUCGCCCAGCCCGGCCAAACGGCCCAAAGCGGUGUCCAGCCACCUUUUGGAGAGUUCAUCCAGUGGGCCAUCGGCCCCCACAACCUCAUCUGAAGUUACAGAGCCGAGGAAGGCUCCAGCGACUGUCAGCACCAAGUCCAAAAAGAGACGGUUAGCAGCCGAGCCGGCUCCCGCCAGAGCCCUGAGCAAGAAGAGCGUGUCCUACCCUGGCCCUAUUGGGGCCUCAAGCACCCCCUCUCAAAAGCGUAAGAAGGCAGACGCCUCUUCGUUGUCAUCCUCCUCUUCUUCCUCCCUCCCCAGCUCGAGCAGCGCGGCAGGCCCCCUGCCACCCCGCAGCGAGGCCAGCCGGGCAGCCAAACCCCCCAAGCUGGCGUCCAAAUCGGCCGCCUCAGCCAAAGCUGGGUGUAGCACCGUGACUGACUCCUCCUCUUCCUCUGCCUCUUCCUCUGCCUCUUCCUCCUCCUCCUCUUCCUCCUCGGCCGCCACAGGCGCCAACAGCUGCGCCCCUCAGGGUGCCCGGCUAAAACAGGGCAAGGACCAGAGCAAAGCGCGACGGUCACGCUCUGCGUCCUCCCCUUCUCCCCGAAGGAGCAGCCGGGAUAAAGAGCAGAGCAAGGCUGCUGGCUCCUCCAAGUUUGACUGGACAUCCCGCUUCAACUCCAAAGUCAACCUGCCAAAGCCCAAACUGUCCCUGCCGGGAUCGGCCAAGGCUGAGACCUCCUCCAAGCCUGGGCCCUCCGGACUGCAGGCCAAACUAGCAAGUUUGAGGAAGUCCACUAAGAAGCGUAGUGAGUCUCCCCCAGCAGAGCUCCCCAGCUGUCGGAGGAGCACACGUCAGAAGACCACGGGCUCUUGCGCCAGCACCAGUCGGCGAGGCUCAGGCCUGGGCAAGCGCGGAGCAGCCGAAUCUCGCCGACAGGAGAAAAUGGCCGACUCCGACAACAACCAGGAUGGGGCCAAUUCAUCGGCCGCGCGCACAGAGGAGACACCACAAGGGGCGUCAGCGUCUAGCUCAGUGGCUGGAGCUGUUGGCAUGACCACCUCUGGAGAGAGUGAAUCAGAUGACUCUGAAAUGGGAAGACUGCAAGCUCUACUGGAGGCCAGGGGCCUUCCUCCUCACCUGUUUGGCCCAUUUGGGCCCCGUAUGUCUCAGCUGUUUCAUAGGACCAUCGGGAGUGGAGCUAGCUCAAAGGCACAACAGCUGCUGCAGGGGCUUCAGGCUACAGGAGAUGAAUCACAGCAGCUCCAGGCUGCUAUAGAGAUGUGCCAGCUGCUAGUGAUGGGUAAUGAGGAGACGCUGGGAGGAUUCCCUGUCAAGAGCGUCGUACCUGCCCUGAUCACACUAUUACAGAUGGAGCAUAAUUUUGAUAUUAUGAAUCAUGCAUCUCGCGCCCUCACCUACAUGAUGGAGGCUCUGCCACGCUCCUCGGCUGUGGUGGUAGACGCCAUCCCUGUCUUCCUGGAAAAGCUUCAGGUAAUACAGUUUAUCGAUGUGGCAGAGCAAGCUUUGACUGCCCUGGAGAUGUUGUCACGGAGGCACAGCAAAGCCAUCUUACAGGCUGGAGGUCUGGCUGACUGUUUGCUGUACUUGGAGUUCUUCAGCAUCAAUGCUCAGAGGAACGCAUUAGCCAUCGCUGCUAACUGCUGCCAGAGCAUCACGACGGACGAGUUUCACUUCGUCGCUGACUCUCUGCCCCUGCUCACUCAGAGACUCACACACCAGGAUAAAAAAUCGGUUGAAAGCACUUGUCUCUGUUUUGCCAGGCUGGUGGACAACUUUCAGCAUGAGGAGAACCUGUUACAGCAAGUGGCGUCACGGGACCUGCUGACCAACAUCCAGCAGCUGCUGGUGCUCACUCCACCUGUGCUCAGCUCCGGCAUGUUCAUCAUGGUAGUGCGCAUGUUCUCUCUCAUGUGCUCCAACUGCCCAUGCCUGGCUGUGCAGCUCAUGAAACAGAAUAUAGCAGAGACCCUGCGUUUCCUGCUCUGUGGCGCAUCUAAUGGGAGCUGUCAAGAGCAGAUUGACCUCAUUCCCAGAAGCCCCCAGGAGCUUUAUGAACUCACCUCACUCAUCUGUGAGCUGAUGCCAUGUCUGCCCAGAGAGGGCAUCUUUGCGGUUGACGCCAUGCUAAAGAAAGGCAGUGCUCAGACCACAGAGGGCGCCAUCUGGCAGUGGAGAGAUGACAGAGGCCUGUGGCACCCGUACAACCGCAUUGACAGCCGCAUCAUUGAAACUGCACACCAGAAUGGAGAAGACGAGAUAAGUCUGUCGACACUCGGCCGUGUCUACACCAUCGACUUCAACUCUAUGCAGCAGAUAAAUGAAGACACUGGCACUGCCCGUGCCAUUCAGAGAAAACCCAACCCUCUGGCCAACCCCAACACAGGAGGGCACUUGGAGGUGCGGCGAGAAGACGCACGCGCUCAGCUGAUGAAAGAGGACCCUGAGCUGGCCAAGUGCUUCAUAAAGACUCUGUUUGGGGUUCUGUAUGAGGUGUACAGCUCCUCAGCUGGGCCUGCCGUCAGACACAAGUGCCUUAGAGCCAUCCUCCGGAUCAUCUACUUCGCAGAUGCAGAGCUGCUUAAAGACGUACUGCGCAACCAUGCUGUGUCUAGCCACAUUGCUUCCAUGCUGUCCAGUCAGGACCUGAAGAUUGUAGUGGGCUCUCUGCAGAUGGCUGAGAUCCUCAUGCAGAAGCUUCCAGAUGUGUUCAGUGUUUAUUUCAGGCGGGAAGGUGUUAUGCACCAGGUAAAGAACCUCGCUGAAUCCGAGGUGUUCCUCACCAGCCCUCCGAAAGCGUGCACCAGCGGGACAGCUAGUCUUUGCACCACCACCAUCACCACAGCAACCACUACAGCAGCUUCUAACGUCACAUCCGACUUAGGCUCGCCCAGUUUCCAACACAGCAUGGACGACUCGCUGGACCUCAGUCCGCAGGGUAGGUUGAGUGAUGUUCUGAAAAGAAAGCGCCUUCCUAAAAGAGGACCAAGGCGUCCCAAGUACUCCCCACCCAGAGACGAUGACAAAGUGGAUAAUCAGGCUAAGAGUCCUACAACCACACAGUCCCCCAAGUCCUCUUUCCUGGCCAGUUUGAAUCCCAAGACCUGGGGUAAGCUGGGGACUCAGACAAACAGCUCCAACUCAGAGCCCUCGCGCACUGCAGGGGUCAGUGGUCUGGCACGAGUGCCGCCCAAGGACUCUGUUUCAAACAACAGGGAUAAGAUAAAGGCUUGGAUAAAAGAACAAGCCAGCAAGUUUGUGGAGUGUUACUUUAAUUCUGAGAGCUUGAAUGGAAGCAACCCUGCACUGAACGUCCUGCAAAGACUCUGUACUGCCACAGAACAACUGAACCUGCAGGUUGACAGUGGUGUAGAGUGUCUAGAGGAGAUAAGCAGUAUUGUAUCUGAAUCAGACGUGUCCUCCUUUGAGAUCCAGCACAGUGGGCUUGUGAAGCAGCUGUUGUUGUAUUUGACAUCAAACAGUGAACGGGACACUAUCAGUAGAGACGAGAGAAUCAAGAGGUUCCUGCAUGUGUUCUUUGGCUGCCCGAUACCAGGGCAGGAACCUCUGGGACGUUUGGACCCAACAGAGAAUGGCCCACUGCUGGCAUUGGUGCACAAGAUGAACAACUGCCUUAGUCAGAUGGAACAGUUUCCUGUUAAAGUGCAUGAUUUUCCCAGUGGGAACGGCAAUGGAAGCAGGGGUUCACAAGCCCUUAAGUUCUUCAACACACAUCAGCUGAAGUGCCAGCUGCAAAGACACCCAGACUGCACCAAUGUAAAGCAGUGGAAGGGUGGGCCAGUCAAAAUUGACCCCUUGGCCCUGGUACAGGCUAUUGAGAGAUACCUUGUGGUUAGAGGGUAUGGAAGGAUCAGGGAGGAGGAUGAAGACAGUGAUGAUGAUGGUUCUGAUGAUGAGAUUGAUGAAUCUUUGGCUGCCCAGUUCUUGAAUUCUGGGAGUGUACGUCACAGGCUGCAGUUCUACAUAGGAGAGCACCUGCUGCCGUACAACAUGACUGUUUAUCAGGCUGUCAGGCAGUUCAGCUUGCAGGCUGAGGAGGAGCGAGAGAGCACAGAUGAUGAAGCAAAUCCUCUGGGACGGGCUGGCAUCUGGACCAAAACACACACUAUAUGGUAUAAGCCAGUCAGAGAGGAUGAAGAGGGCUGUAAAGACGCUGUCGGAGGGAAGAGGGGUCGCGCACAGACGGCUCCCACUAAAACCUCCCCUCGAAAUGCCAAGAAACAGGACGAACUGUGGCAUGAGGGUGUGUGUCCCAGUGUGACAAACCCAUUAGAGUCAUACCUCAUUAGUGAUCCUCCAGAGGGCAUCACUUUUGAUGAUCCUUCAAUGGAGGUGAUUCUGCUGCUGAGGGUCCUGCACUCCAUCAGUAGAUACUGGUUCUACCUGUACGAUAAUGCUGCAUGUAAAGAGAUCAUUCCCACUGGUGAGUUUAUUAACAGUAAACUGACAGCAAAGGCCAACAGACAGUUGCAGGAUCCGCUGGUCAUCAUGACAGGGAACAUCCCCACCUGGCUCACUGAGCUCGGCAAGACCAGUCCAUUCUUUUUCCCGUUUGACACGCGGCAGAUGCUCUUCUACGUGACGGCGUUUGACCGCGAUCGCGCCAUGCAGCGCCUGCUCGACACCAACCCAGAGAUUAACCAGUCUGACUCGCAAGACAGCCGUGUCGCUCCACGCCUUGACAGGAAGAAGAGAACGAUAAACCGUGAUGAGCUCCUGAAGCAAGCAGAGUCAGUAAUGCAAGACCUCGGGAGUUCCAGAGCUAUGCUGGAAAUUCAAUACGAGAACGAGGUGGGAACAGGCCUCGGACCUACGCAAGAGUUCUAUGCUCUGGUGUCUCAGGAGUUGCAGAGGGCCGAUUUGGGUCUUUGGAGAGGAGAGGAAGUCACUCUCUCCAACCCUAAAGGAAGGCAGGAGGGUACCAAGUAUAUGUUCAGUUCCAGAGGGUUGUUUGCUGUACCGUUUGGACGAACUACCAAACCAGCUCACAUCGCCAAGAUCAAAAUGAAGUUCCGUUUUCUUGGAAAACUGAUGGCUAAAGCGAUCAUGGACUUCAGAUUGUUGGACUUGCCUCUUGGUUUUCCAUUCUAUAAGUGGAUGCUGAGGCACGAGUCCUCUGUCAGCUCUCAUGACCUGGUCAACAUUGAUCCUGGCGUCGCCAAAUCCAUCCAGCACCUGGAGGACAUCAUCCGCCAGAAGAAGAGAAUAGAGCAGGACCGAUCACAUACACGGGAGACCGUACAGCAGGCCUUGGAGAGUCUCAACAUGAACGGCUGCUCGGUGGAAGAUCUGGGCCUGGACUUCACUCUGCCUGGAUUCCCAAACAUCGAGUUGAAGAAAGGGGGCAAAGACGUGCCAGUCACCAUUCACAACCUGGAGGAAUACCUCAGAUUGGUGGUCUACUGGACACUCAAUGAGGGCGUCUCUCGGCAGUUUGAGUCGUUUAGGGAAGGAUUUGAGUCUGUCUUCCCUCUGCAUCACCUGCAGUACUUCUAUCCUGAAGAGUGGUUCCUGUUUGAGGUGCUGAGCAGUUUUGAUGCAGAGCAGCAGAGACUUUUCCUGCAGUUUGUCACAGGCAGCCCCAGACUUCCUGUCGGAGGAUUCCGGAGUUUAAACCCUCCCCUCACCAUCGUUCGGAAGACGUUCGAGUCGACGGAGAACCCGGACGACUUCCUUCCGUCAGUGAUGACGUGUGUGAACUACCUGAAACUGCCGGAUUACUCCAGCAUCGAGAUCAUGCGCGAGAAACUGUUGAUUGCUGCGCGCGAGGGCCAGCAGUCUUUCCAUCUGUCUUGAUCUCACCCUCCUGCACCCUCUCACUCAAAAUGGCCUUUAAUCAACUCACUGCAGAACCACACAAAUCGUGACUUCUUCCUUUAGAGUUCCUCUUCCUCUUUCAUUUUUUCCUGCCCUUUUUCUUUUCUUUCCUUUUUUUUUUUUUUUUUUU